UUUCCUGCUGAAACUAUCGUAAACAUGGCAGACUGUGGAGAACCGGAUGGCCCUGACAACAAAGAUAAUAUCACACGCUCAAAAAAUGAAGGGAAGGAGUUAACCAAAGAGGAGAAGCAACGGCUGAGGAAACAGAAGAAACAACAGAAGAAACAGAAGGAAAGGAAGGAUGAGAAGGGCCCGUCAGAAACAGAGAAGGAAAAAACACCUGUCUCCCUAUUGCCACCACGACCUGUGGCAACACAGAAAGCUCCCUCAGCAUUGCCUGCCCCUGCCUCUGCACCAAUACCUGUGCCUGCCUCAGCUCCCUUCCACUCCUCUCCCACCCCCUCCCCGGCAGACAAGCCAGCCAAGAGCAAAGCUGAGCUGAAGGCAGAGAGGAGAGCCAGGCAGGAGACUGACAGGGCCUCUAAACAACCGGGCUCCUCGUCCUCCAGCAUCAAGACCAAAGCCCCUCUCAGUGAACUAAACCCAGUGGUGAAGAGACUUCCUGAGCAUGUCCAAGUGGACGACCCUGCAGUGGUGAAAAGACUGGCCAAGAAGUUGGAGAGACAACAGAUCCCACUGCGAUCCGACUACGGCUACAAAGUCAGCCUGUUCUCUCAUCUGCACCAGUACAGCCGCAAAGCCCCCCUCACCCAGCAACUCAGCAUUCCCUCUACAGUGAUCCACCCCUCCAUCGUGCGGUUGGGUCUGCAGUAUUCCCAGGGCAUUGUGGCAGGAUCCAACGCUCGCUCUGUGGCCCUGCUCCAUGCUUUUAAACAGGUGAUCAGGGACUACACUACUCCACCCAAUGAAGAGCUGUCCAGAGAUCUGGUCAACAAACUGAAGCCUUAUAUCAGCUUUCUCAAUCAAUGUCGACCUCUGUCAGCGAGCAUGGGCAACGCAAUCAAGUACAUCAAGAAAGAAAUCUCCAAUAUUCCUAGCCAAUGCAAAGAGGAGGAGGCGAAGACCAAACUGCUGCAGUGUAUAGACCGUUACAUAGAGGAGAAGAUAGUUCUGGCAGCCAAGGCCAUAUCUAAAUACGCUAUAGAGAAGAUCAGUGAUGGAGACAUCAUUCUAGUUUAUGGAUGCUCGUCCCUGGUGAACCACAUCCUGUGCGAGGCGUUUGAGAAGAGCAGGAAGUUCCGUGUUAUUGUGGUGGACAGCCGGCCUCGUCUGGAGGGAAGGGAGGCUCUGAGACGUCUCGUACAGAGAGGCAUCAGCUGCACCUACGUCCUGAUUUCUGCCCUCUCAUACAUACUACCUGAGGUCUCUAAGGUGUUCCUGGGUGCCCAUGCCCUGCUGGCUAAUGGCUACGUGAUGUCUCGUGUGGGCACCUCUCAGAUAGCUCUGGUGGCCAGGACGUUCAACGUCCCAGUCCUGGUCUGCUGUGAAACGUACAAGUUCUGUGAGAGGGUGCAGACUGACUCCUUUGUCUCCAAUGAGCUCGAUGACCCCGAUGACCUGAUGGUGACCCGGAAGGGGAAGACCCAGCUGGAGAACUGGCAGGACGUCAGCUCCCUGGGUCUGUUGAACCUGGUCUACGACGUCACACCACCAGACUUUGUGGACCUGGUCAUCACAGACCUGGGCAUGAUCCCGUGCACCUCAGUUCCUGUUGUUCUCAGGGUCAAAAACCUGGACCAGUAAGAGAUGGAAGGGGAAUGACGCAGGGUAGAGUCGCAGACUGAUGAUGCAUCUGACUUGAUGUGGUGUUCUAUAAGAAGCACUUGUGUUUGAGAGUUGUAAGCUAUGGGCACCCUAUUCUCUAUAUAGUGUACUUUAUUAGGUCAUACGGUUCCAAAAUGGGAGUGUACACUUAUGUUUCCGAUGACCAUUCUAGAAUGCAUGGACCUACCAAAUACAUUGUUUUAAUUGUUAGUGUUGAUAUUGGACCGGGUCUUUAGACUCUCCAUUUGCUCAGUCUUUCUACAUGCUAGGCUAUAUCCACUGUAACAGCUGGCCAUAAAAAAAGACUACAGAAGUGUUCUACUCUGAGCAGGCAUUCACACCUGCACUUUUAGCAUGUAAUAAAUAUCAGAAAUGGCACAUUAUUUUUUUAAACGA